AUGGUGGUCCACACCUACGAGACGGGUCACGAGUCCAACUUCGCAGCCGCGAGGAUAAUUGCCCACGCUGGCAGCAAUAUGGGCCGAGAACUGAUUAAAGCCUGGGCGUCGGGUGACAACUCAGUUAACCGAUGUAUCGAGCUGGCGCCCGCAUAUAUUGUCCUGCGAAGGUAUCUGCAGACGCGCGUCACUGGUGGUUAA